GCCAAAACGAAAGCACUCAGUGCUGGAAGUAGGAGGAGAGUCAGGACUCCCAGGACAGAGAGUGCACAAACUCUGGAGGCUGAAGAGGGAUUCCAGCCCCUGCCACCCACAGACACGGGCUGACUGGGGUGUCUGCCCCCCUUGGGGGGGGGCAGCACAGGGCCUCAGGCCUGGGUGCCACCUGGCACCUAGAAGAUGCCUGUGCCCUGGUUCUUGCUGUCCUUGGCACUGGGCCGAAGCCCAGUGGUCCUUUCUCUGGAGAGGCUUGUGGGGUCUCAGGACGCUACCCACUGCUCUCCGGUGAGUCUGGAACCCUGGGGAGACGAGGAAAGGCUCAGAGUUCAGUUUUUGGCUCAGCAAAGCCUUAGCCUGGCUCCUGUCACUGCUGCCACCGCCAGAACUGCCCUGUCUGGUCUGUCUGGUGCUGAUGGUAGAAGAGAAGAACGGGGAAGGGGCAAGAGCUGGGUCUGUCUUCCUCUGGGAGGGUCUGGGAAUACCGAGCCCCAGAAAAAGGGCCUCUCCUGCCACCUCUGGGACAGUGACAUACUCUGCCUGCCUGGGGACAUCGUGCCUGCUCCGGGCCCCGUGCUGGCGCCUACGCACCUGCAGACAGAGCUGGUGCUGAGGUGCCAGAAGGAGACCGACUGUGACCUCUGUCUGCGUGUGGCUGUCCACUUGGCCGUGCAUGGGCACUGGGAAGAGCCUGAAGAUGAGGAAAAGUUUGGAGGAGCAGCUGACUCAGGGGUGGAGGAGCCUAGGAAUGCCUCUCUCCAGGCCCAAGUCGUGCUCUCCUUCCAGGCCUACCCUACUGCCCGCUGCGUCCUGCUGGAGGUGCAAGUGCCUGCUGCCCUUGUGCAGUUUGGUCAGUCUGUGGGCUCUGUGGUAUAUGACUGCUUCGAGGCUGCCCUAGGGAGUGAGGUACGAAUCUGGUCCUAUACUCAGCCCAGGUACGAGAAGGAACUCAACCACACACAGCAGCUGCCUGACUGCAGGGGGCUCGAAGUCCGGAACAGCAUCCCGAGCUGCUGGGCCCUGCCCUGGCUCAACGUGUCAGCAGAUGGUGACAACGUGCAUCUGGUUCUGAAUGUCUCUGAGGAGCAGCACUUCGGCCUCUCCCUGUAUUGGAAUCAGGUCCAGGGCCCCCCAAAACCCCGGUGGCACAAAAACCUGACUGGACCGCAGAUCAUUACCUUGAACCACACAGACCUGGUUCCCUGCCUCUGCAUUCAGGUGUGGCCUCUGGAACCUGACUCCGUUAGGACGAACAUCUGCCCCUUCAGGGAGGACCCCCGCGCACACCGGAACCUCUGGCAAGCCGCCCGGCUGCGACUGCUGACCCUGCAGAGCUGGCUGCUGGACGCACCGUGCUGGCUGCCCGCAGAAGCGGCACUGUGCUGGCGGGCUCCGGGUGGGGACCCCUGCCAGCCACUGGUCCCACCGCUUUCCUGGGAGAAUGUCACUGUGGACAAAGUUCUCGAGUUCCCAUUGCUGAAAGGCCACCCUAACCUCUGUGUUCAGCAGGUGAACAGCUCGGAGAAGCUGCAGCUGCAGGAGUGCUUGUGGGCUGACUCCCUGGGGCCUCUCAAAGAUGAUGUGCUACUGUUGGAGACACGAGGCCCCCAGGACAACAGAUCCCUCUGUGCCUUGGAACCCAGUGGCUGUACUUCACUACCCAGCAAAGCCUCCACGAGGGCAGCUCGCCUUGGAGAGUACUUACUACAAGACCUGCAGUCAGGCCAGUGUCUGCAGCUAUGGGAUGAUGACUUGGGAGCACUAUGGGCCUGCCCCAUGGACAAAUACAUCCACAAGCGCUGGGCCCUCGUGUGGCUGGCCUGCCUACUCUUUGCCGCUGCGCUUUCCCUCAUCCUCCUUCUCAAAAAGGAUCACGCGAAAGGGUGGCUGAGGCUCUUGAAACAGGACGUCCGCUCGGGGGCGGCCGCCAGGGGCCGCGCGGCUCUGCUCCUCUACUCAGCCGAUGACUCGGGCUUCGAGCGCCUGGUGGGCGCCCUGGCGUCGGCCCUGUGCCAGCUGCCGCUGCGCGUGGCCGUAGACCUGUGGAGCCGUCGUGAACUGAGCGCGCAGGGGCCCGUGGCUUGGUUUCACGCGCAGCGGCGCCAGACCCUGCAGGAGGGCGGCGUGGUGGUCUUGCUCUUCUCGCCCGGUGCGGUGGCGCUGUGCAGCGAGUGGCUACAGGACGGGGUGUCCGGGCCCGGGGCGCACGGCCCGCACGACGCCUUCCGCGCCUCGCUCAGCUGCGUGCUGCCCGACUUCUUGCAGGGCCGGGCGCCCGGCAGCUACGUGGGGGCCUGCUUCGACAGGCUGCUCCACCCGGACGCCGUACCCGCCCUUUUCCGCACCGUGCCCGUCUUCACACUGCCCUCCCAACUGCCAGACUUCCUGGGGGCCCUGCAGCAGCCUCGCGCCCCGCGUUCCGGGCGGCUCCUAGAGAGAGCGGAGCAAGUGUCCCGGGCCCUUCAGCCAGCCCUGGAUAGCUACUUCCAUCCCCCGGGGACUCCCGCGCCGGGACGCGGGGUGGGACCUGGGGCGGGGGACGGGACUUAAAUAAAGGCAGACGCUGUUUUUCUACCCA